AUGAACACAGACAUCACUGCGUCGACGAAGCCCGAGUACCCGGUUAUAGAUCGGAACCCUCCAUUCACCACAGUCGUCGGCAACUUCAGCACCCUCGAUUACUUUCGCUUCGCCACCAUCACCGGCGUCUCCGUCACCGUAGGCUACCUCUCCGGGAUUAAGCCAGGGAUUAGAGGGCCGUCUAUGGUCACCGGAGGUCUGAUUGGGCUAAUGGGCGGGUUCAUGUACGCUUACCAGAACUCGGCGGGACGCCUCAUGGGCUUUUUCCCCAACGACAAUGAGGUAGCCCGUUACAAGAAAUGA